AUGUUAUUCUACUUAUUCUUCGUCUUUUUAUUUAGUUAUACUUUUGGUGCUCCGGUGGCCUCUGAAAAUAGUUUGAGUCAAACUGUCACUCUGGGCAUUACAACGAAGUCAAGACUGAAACGAGAAUGGAAUGGGAAUGAUUCGAUCAAAUACCUUCACCAAUUCGGAUAUUUACCUCCAGCGAAUUUGAUGACAGCCGGCUAUGGAGCUCCAGAAAUGGACACGGCUCAAGAAAAGCUUCGUGAAGCUAUUCGAAGAUUUCAAAGAAUCGCUGACAUUCCUGAAACUGGUGUCAUUGAUGAGGCGACAAAGGAGAAAAUGGCGAAACCGAGAUGCGGUGUGCCCGACGUGGCGGCGCUCUCAUACGGAAAAGCUUCAAUAAAAUGGCAUAAACGUGAGUUGACGUGGUCGAUCGACGAUUAUUCGCCAGAUCUCUCAAAAGAAAUAAUUCGAAAAGCUACAAAAGAAGCAUUCAAUUUCUGGUCACAAGUGGCGCCAUUGGAUUUUCGAGAAGUGAUUACUGAUGCGGAUAUUAAGAAUAUG